GAUUUGACAAAGACAAUGUUUCGUUUAACAUGCGAGACAUGUGAAAAAAACACUAAAAAGUGUCUGAAAUCGGUGUUUACAAUUGGGACUAAUAAUUUCAAGCGGUCAGCAUUAGUUAGACACCAGAAAUGCGACGAUCACAAUGUGUCAUGCAACGCCAAAAAGCAAAAACCUUACAUGACUGCUGCUGUAAAAAUAGUUCAGAAAAAAUAUGAACCAAUCUUAGAGGCACAGCUCAGGACCGCAUUGUAUAUGGCUAAAGAAAAUAUUGCCAACAGAAAGUUUCUGAGUUUGAUUGAUUUGCAGAUAUCCAAUGCACACAUCUUCUAUAAUUCAUCUGUAAAAGAAACCACUGAUCCUGAUCUUGGUAACAGAAAACCUUCAGGAAUUUUAAGGAACCACCAAGCAGUCAUGCAUAUGCAACAGUACCUGGCUGAUGUCCUACAGGAAAUGGCUCUUAUCCGGAUUAAAAACAGCCCAUAUAUUGGCAUUAUGGUGGACGAAUCUUUAGACAUAACGACCACAAAAAAACUUGUAAUGUUUGCAAAAAUCAUUCAUAAUGGUGAACUUAAGUUAGAGUUUUGUGCAAAUGUUGACAUUGUUGAUGGCAAAGCAGAAACUGUAUAUAAGGAAAUUAUAAACUGGCUUGGUUCUGUAGGUGUAAAUGUUGACAAAGUAUCAGGGUUUGGAAGUGAUGGUGCUUCAGUAAUGACAGGGAGGAAAGCUGGGGUUGGUGUAAAAUUAAAAGCUGACAACCCCAGAAUAAUUCACAUUUGGUGUGCUGCACAUAGACUAGCCCUUACUGGGCAGCUAAAAGAGUCCCUUAUCUGCAGAAUGUACAAGAAACUCUUGUUAAUAUUUACAAUUUUUAUGAGUUUUCAGCACCCAGGUACAACAAAAUUAGAGAAUUAA